UAUUUUUUUACAGGUUUUUAAGUCAUUUCUACAAGGAGAAAAAAACAGAGUUCAAUUUAAAGAUUUAUUUCGUCUAUUAGGAAUAUCUGCAUGCCAUGGAGGAAACUCAACUCAACAGCACCAUUGAUCCAGCUUGUUUACAAGAGCCCCCGCUGGCUAUCGACGUGAUCAAGCAGCUAGAUGUGUUUGGAUUGUGCCUGUACUUCAUGCUCACCUUCAUGUCCAGCAUCUCCCUGCUGCUGUACCUGGAGCAGUGUUUCUACAUUUACAAAAAACUGCCCUACCCCCAGAAGACGACCAUCAUUUGGAUAAAUGGUGCAGCACCAGUCAUUGCCACCAUGGCUUGUUUUGGGAUGUGGAUCCCGAGGGCAGUCAUGGUCACAGACAUGACGUCCAACUGUUAUUUUGCAGUGGUGAUGUAUAAGGUCUUGGUUCUGAUUAUCGAGGAGUUUGGAGGCAGCAAUGUUUUUCUGAAGCGGUUUUCCGGUAAAACCUUUAAGAUCACCACAGGACCCUGCUGCUGCUGCUGCCUCUGUUUACCCCGCGUGGCGAUGUCACGGCGAUUUUUAUUCUUCCUGAAGUUGGGUUCUCUUCAGUAUGCAAUCCUAAAGACGGUGCUCUCUGUCCUCGCCAUAGUAUUGUGGACAAAUGGCAACUUUGAUCUGUCUGAUCUAGAGAUCACUGGUACAGCCAUUUGGAUUAACCCAUUCAUUGGCGUUCUCACCAUCAUCGCCCUUUGGCCUGUUGCCAUCAUCUUCAUGAACACUAACAGCUUUCUACGCAGCCUCAAAAUUGUACCCAAGUAUGCCAUCUACCAAUUAAUACUUGUACUGAGUCAGCUGCAGACAUCAAUCAUUAACAUCGUGGCCUUGGAUGGAACCAUCGCCUGCGCCCCUCCCUUCUCUUCUCAAGCUCGUGGCUCCAUGCUAAAUCAGCAGAUAAUGAUCAUGGAGAUGUUCAUCCUCACUCUGCUCAAUCGGUGUUUGUACCGUCGUACAUAUGAGACACUUCCCUCUGAGGUACAUGACAACGACCAGAAUUCUAAAGUCGCCCUCCAGACUGCUCUCGUGGAGCAUGACGUCUAAAAGAGGAGACGUGAUAAUUGAGUGGAAGUCAACACAGCUCUUUAAUGAAGUAUCAGAUAAUCUAUCAUCAAAUGUGAUAUGAUAUAACAUUUUGCCUCAUUCUGUCACUCAAAUGUAGAACAUCACUACUGGUGACUUUCAACCCUUUUUUUUCUUUGACCUUUUCACACAGCACUCACAGA